AUGUGCAUACAACUCCAUAUCUAUUGGACAGGAGGACAGCAGACAGGGAUCAUGAAACCUAGCCGGAGCGACGACGUUUUGGACGCCGAUGAGCAGAUCCUAAUCACGAACAAGGUCCGAGCACAGUUCGAAUCCAUGAUGCCCAAAAGACCAGCCAAACCAAACCGGAGCGAACCCGAUUUAACCUCACCACCUAUUCUGGAUGAAGAAAUCCAUAUUCCUGAGCUGAACAAGCUUAAAUAUCUUCAAUCACAAGCAAUAUUUUCUGGAACGAAAGCUGGGGAUGAAGACGACGAGUUUGUGGAGACCCAGUACUACAAAGAGUUGGAAUCCAUUGAUAAACAGCAUCACACGACGGGAAAUGGUUUUAUAAAAAUGGCCAUGGAAAAGAAUGGAAAUGAAGAUAUUCUUCAAUUUCGAGGAAGCCAUAGUACUAAUGGAGGAUUUAAACAGAUGAUCUUCAAAACUAACCCAGCAACAAAUGAUUGGAUUCCAAGCUUCGAAGAUCACCAGGUUGGAUACAUUUCGUCGAAGCCAAAUCGGAGCGAGAGUUGUUAG